CUCGGAUAUCUGAUCCAUCUACCUGAUAGGUUGUCGAUCAAAAAACUUUAUAUCAAAGGCAAAAAAGUUUUACGCUUAUACAACAACCUCGCAGGCUUUUGGUCAAAAAAAAAAAUAACAAAGCACUUGCUUGAAAACAUUUUUCCAUGUCCACGUCAAUUAUCAGAAAAACGCAAGAUGCUAUACAAAAAAACACACCAUCUUUUCACACAAACGUGCUUAUAGUCGGUGGAUCAUACGCUGGGCUUUCAGCUUUGAUUGCCAUAAAGAACCAUCUUAGGGAAAGGAACAGAUUACAGAAAAUAUCGGUCACUAUCGUGGAACCAAAGGCCGGCUUCUUGAAUGUUCUAGGGGUCCCGAGAGCGAUUGUCGACAUAGAGUUCGCCAAGACACAAUUUGUACCUUUUGAGAGCUUGGAAGAUAUUGUCUUGGACCAUGUCAUUUCGAAUGAUGAGUUUGUGAUUGACACACUCGGAAAGACUGUGAAGCCUAACAACAACGAUACAGUCGAAGUGACAUACGUUCAAGGCAGUAUUACUGACUUGAGGAGCAAGAGUGCUUCGUACCAUUUGAACAACAGAACUGAUGAGGUUGGUUCAAUUGAGUUCAACUACUCGGUUAUUGCAACGGGCAGAAAUCGUCACUGGCCCACUUCUCCAUUGGCAUACAAUUAUCAAAGCUACAUGGAAGAAAUGGUCGAAUUUAGAAGACAGGUCGAUACUUGUCAGAAAAUAGCGGUCAUUGGAGCUGGUGCUGUUGGCAUUGAAAUAGCAGGAGAUGUGAAAAACAACUGCCCUGAUAAGGAAGUGUUCUUGAUACACCCGCACGAUAAGUUUCCCCCCGAGCCUUUACCUGAGAAAUUCAAGGAUCUCAUUCGGGACUCUCUUGAAAGAGGUGGCGUCAAAGUUAUGACUGGCUACAGAGUUAAAUCAGAACUGGACGACCACGAGUUGGAGUUCACUAAUGGAGAAAAGUUCAAGACGGAUUUAAAUUACUGGUGCAGCAAAUUCGAAAACAACACAAAGCUACUUUCUUCGGAACUUGAGACCUUUAUUUCCCCGAAAAAUAACAUACACGUGAACGAUUUCUUGCAACUCACUCACCCAGACUCACAAGAGCACCUUCCGCAUGUGUUUGCUAUAGGUGACCUUGUUGAGUUGCCCAUGAUCAAAUCUGCUGGAUGGGCGCUCUACAUGGGUAGACAAGUGGCCAAUAACAUUGUUUCAUUAAUUUUCGACGGUGUUCUUGUCGAACCAAUGCCUGAUUUGAAGCUGAUGCCAAAAGGUAUGGUCAUUGUGGCAGGUGACAAUGAAAUAGUGUCCGCCCUUGAUGAGGUGUUGGAAUUAAACAACGAACUAUUCGUCGAAGAGUACAAAGACUACUGCAUAGGCAAAAUACGUGCCACUCUUGGUGCUUAGUGGAGUACAAAGAUACAUGCAACAGUAUUGAGAAAUAGUUCCGACUUAUAAAGCGGCUAUCAGAUGUUAGCCCAACUAUGUCGAGACCCUACGACGUGCUUGAACAAAUAAAACUGUUACGGUCCAGUGUGUAUAUAGACAGGUCAUGUGAUCAGGCGAAGGGCAUCCAGAAAUAUCAUACAUUGAAUGGACCAUUUCUGCGUGCUUUACUACGAACGGGGAGCCUAUGGUUUUUUUGUUCGAAAGGUUCAAACCUUUUUUACGUCUGGGUGGUGGAUAUAGCCUGCGGGGUUUCCUCGCCAACAUAUAGGGGCGCAGCUUAGCCCGAUAAAAGGUGAUAUGUAUACGAGACGGAGAGGGUUUUGCGCAUGUAUCCGUAGUGACUUGAUCGAAGACACUUGGAUCAUAGGUGAUAUGAUAAAAGGCCAAGAAGAAAUAUCGAAUUGACGUUCAUUAAUUAGGCGAAAAAACGGACGGGU